UAAUAGUCUCCGAACAAAAAUCAAAACAGUAUCACGUUUUUACUAGUUAGUAGGUAUGUAUUUUUCCCUAUAAUUAUACAGCAAAUGGUGUUUUGAAUUCUGUUGUUUAAUGUUUAUUUCAUAAAUAAAAGAAUAGGCUCUCGUCGUAAAUAUGUCUAGAAAGAUAUGCAAAUUUUAUUUGCAAGGAAAUUGUUAUUACGGCUCUUCGUGUCGGUUCUCACAUGAAGAACCACAUCGCUCAAACAACCAAUAUGACUAUGAAAAUCAAUCAAAGAGUUAUAGGAGUUCAAGUAAAAAUUAUUAUGAUACUAAUAAUGGCAGAGAUCAUAAUGAUUAUUACGAGCACGGACAGAACUAUGAAUCUAGAAGUAGAAACGCUAACUACAAUUAUAAAAAUGAUUAUAACAACAGGAAUAGUUAUCAUAAUCAAAGAAAUGAUUACGAAGAAGAUCACGAUUCAAGUAAUCAUUAUGGAAAUCAAGCUCAAAGACACCGUAAUGUAAAGAAUUAUUAUAAAGAAGAUGACAACAGUCAGGGUAGAAAAUAUAAUAAUGAAUAUGUUUAUGAUACCAACAAAGUGGAAGCCAGUUCAUAUAGGUAUAAGAAUUCACAUGAUCAAAAACAAAUACAUGGGCCCCAUGUCCAUAAUGUUAAUAACAGAGUUGAUGAUAAAAGAAAUAUUUUGAAGCUUUAUGAAAAUGAAAUUAAAACUUACCAAAGGCAUGUACAACAACUAUCAAUGACCAAUAUUUGGCCAUUCACAUGUUUCCACCCUAUUGGACAUCAAUUUGCUAUUCAACCAGUUGGUAGCUUAAACUUGAUGGAUAUAUCAUUUGAAGAAAUUAGAUGUGAUUAUUACAUGACUAAGAAUAUUAGUGCCAAUCCUGGUUUGAUUCAUAAACGGACGAUUGAUGACCUAUUGUUAAAAGCGCAAAAGCAGAAAGAAGAUAUUUUAAGAUUUGAAAACCAUGUACAAGAUGAUAUAAUAUCAACAUUUGAAAAAUGUGAAAAAUCAAAAGUUUCUUCCCAGUUUGAUAACUCUAUACAGAUGGACCAUAACAGUUAUUGGGAUAUGUCUAUCAGGUCUUUGAAAACACCCGAAAAUAAAAAAAGCGAAUUGGAGUCAUUUAGUUUUGUUUCCAUAAAAAACAAUAAGAAUACUACGAAUGAGUCACAAUUGAAGAUACUCAUGCAAACCGAAGUAUAUGGUAAAAUAGACAACGAAGCAUUUGCUCAAGAUCAUUUUACCGAUUUUAUACCUAUUAUGCCUCCACCCAAGAAGUACUGUGUAUAAUGUUUUUUCAAAAAUAAAUUAAUGAUUAAGAUAAAGAAUAUUUUUAAAUUUGUAAAAUUAGUUAAUAAGAUACAAAUCAAAGCUUUAAAUACAAUCGCUGGAUAAUUUUUUUAAGAAAUCAAAUCUUAAAUUUAUAACAAUAUCUAAGUCUCAUCUGUUUUUAUUUUAUCCAAAAU